AUGGCUACUCAGCUGCUGCUGUCAUUCCCUCCCUUGGCGGAGAUAUCGGAUGUGGAGUAUGACAAGACAAUACGUGCAUUCUGUGUCAAUGUAAAAAAGCUAUCGGUAAAUGCUUUAGUCGGUUCAAGCACAAAUGGGCAGGGAAAUAAUCUUGAGAUACUGGACCCAGCCUUACAUUCUGUAGCAUAUUUGAAUGUGCUUCUUGCUUAUUAUCAGGUUGCUCAAAAGUCUGAUAAAUCAUCCUUUCAGCCAGGCGGGGAAGGUUGGAAGAAAGCAUUAUUAUUCUUUGAGACGUUUGACCCGAUCCAAGUCCGCUACGCGGGGCGUGAGUUCACAAGGCUAGUUGAAAUCAUUGCAUCGAUUGCAAACUCUCCAUAUCAGUCACUGCUGGCUGUUCAACCUCUUAAGAAUGCUCUGCUUCGGCUAGAUCCAUCAUGCUCUACUUUGACAAUAACGCACACUUUAUUUGUGCGUACAUGCCUCAAAGCUAAUGCUUGUCGCGCUGCGCUAUCAGUACUGGAGAAACCUAUUUUUCAUAUCCCUGCAUCAGUGGAUAAAACCUACCAUAAACGGGCCCAAAUUCUCCCAUGUGUCAAGGACCAAUCCAGCUCUACAUUCAUUACAGAUACCUCUGGGCUAGCGGGGAAGAUCACUCACCAAACGUAUCUUGAAUAUUACCUAUAUGGUGCCAUGAUCUACAUGAUUCGAAAGGAGUGGGAUAACGCACUGAGAUUCUUGCACAUUGUUAUGGCUGCUCCAGUCACCAAUGCCGUGAGUAAGAUCAUGGUUGAAGCGUACAAGAAGUGGGUUCUAGUACGUCUGCUAGCCAAAGGACAGGUCUCAGAUCUGCCCCGAGGGAUACCUCCGUUUGCAGUGAAGAUAUAUAAAUCUUUAUCUCGACCUUAUGAGGCGCUUGCAGAAAUCUUCCGAGACGGUACUCUGCAACGAUUGGAGGCAGAAAUGAUGGUAGGGAUUGAUGUCUGGGAUAAGGAUGGCAACGCAUGCCUUGUAUACCAGCUUCCUGCCGCAAAUCGGCGGUUCUCUAUAUUGAAACUAGAAAAAGUGUUUUCAGCGAUAUCGAUACCUGAAAUUGCAAACAGAGUCUCCUACGAAUGCGGCUCCACCCAAGAGUUAGAGGAGUAUAUCGCUUCAAUGAUAGCGGAUGGCCAGUUAAACGCACGACUUGUCCAAGCUUCCGAACCCUCUGGGCCUACUGUGCUUCGUUUUGGCAAGGACGAUGUGAGCAUGGAUAUGUCUACGGAAUCCCAGCUGUGGGUAGAUCUCGUAAAGGAGAAGAACCGUAUCAAUGCCAUGAUAGACAAUAUUGCGAGAGUCGAUGUGAGACUGGAACUGGGAGAAGACUACAUUGAUGGGUUGGCGAAAGCUCAACGGAGGGCUGGCGCGAAGAAUAGAAACGCCACUGCCUUCGACGAAGAUCUCAUGGCCACUUCCCGCUAA